CACACACACACACACACCUCCGAGAACAAGCGGCUCUAUCAUACUUAGACACAUGGGCUCCCCGGCGGCUGCAGCCCGGCCUCUCCGGCUCUCCGCGCUCUGCGCCCGGACACGGCCGGCGGCCCGAGCUGGAAGAAGCCUCAACGUCCAGGCGACGACUGAGGCGCGGAAGCUGAAGAGUAUCGAUGACCUGCCGGGGCCCAGUUUAUCCACCACCCUGUACUGGCUAUUUGUCAAAGGAUAUGCGGACAAGAGCCACUUACUGCAGGGUGUACAGAAGAGUCUUUACGGGCCCAUCUGGCGCUCCAGGUUUGGCCCGUUUGACAUUGUCAAUGUGGCGACUCCAGAGCUCAUAGCUCAGGUUAUCCAACAGGAGGGCCGCUACCCGGUCCGCGCCGAGCUGCCUCACUGGAAGGAGUACCGGGACCUGAGAGGACAGGCCUACGGUCUGCAUGUGGACACAGGACCAAAGUGGUACAAAAUCCGCAGCGCCCUGAACCCCAAGAUGCUGAAACUGCGGGAAGUGUCGGCCUACGCCCCCGUCAUCCACCAGGUGGUCAGAGAUCUGCUGUGGCGCAUCGAGCUCGUCCGAAGUCGCAGUCAGGACCAGGCCACUGUUUCAGAUAUGGCUGCUGAGCUCUACAAGUUUGGCUUUGAAGGUAUCUCCUCCAUCUUGUUUGAGACCAGGUUGGGCUGUUUGCAGGAGGAGAUUCCCCAAGACACACUGCGCUUCAUCGCCGCCGUAAAUGACAUGUUGACGCUGUCCGAGACUGUGGUCCUCUUCCCACGCUGGAGCCGCGGUGUCCUCCCUUUCUGGAAACGCUUCGUUGAGGCCUGGGACAACCUCUAUGACGUAGCCCAGACCCUCAUCAACAGGAGAAUUGCUGAAAUUGAAGCUCAGGUAUGCAGCGGCAAGCCGGCGGAGGGCAUGUACCUGACCUACCUGCUGUCCUCUGACAAGCUGACCAGAGCCGAGGUCUACAUCAGCAUCACUGAGCUGCUGCUGGGAGGAGUCGACACGACCUCCAACACCCUGUCGUGGGCGUUGUACCAUUUAGCGAGGGACCGGCCGGCUCAGGACCGGCUGUACAGCGAGGUGAACUCGGUGUGUCCGGACAGACGGGAGCCGACCACAGACAACCUGAGCGGGAUGCCCUACCUGAAGGCCGUCAUAAAGGAGACGUUACGCCUUUAUCCCGUGGUACCUGGAAACGGACGCUUUAUUUCAGAGAAUGAGGUGGUUGUGGACAACUACUGGUUGCCGAAAAAGACUCAGUUCCAUCUGUGUCAUUACGCAGUCUGUCACGACGAGGCAGAGUUUGUAGACCCAGAGCUCUUCGUCCCGGAGCGGUGGCUUCGCGCUGAGGCGCCCGGCAGCGGCUGUGGCAGGGCGGCGCCCGGCUUCUACCGGCACCACCCGUACAGCUUCAUCCCCUUCGGUGUCGGGGUGCGAGCCUGUGUGGGGAAGAGGGUGGCGGAGAUGGAGAUGUACUUUGCUCUGUCCAGGAUAAUGCAGCACUAUGAGGUCCGGCCUGAAGAUGGGGCACCGAUCGUGGAGCCUAAAACUCGAACCCUGCUCGUCCCUGCAAAGCCCAUCAACCUGCGCUUCCUGCCCAGAACCUGAUGAGGGCGCCGCACGGGGUUUCCUGACAAACAACACAGCCUACAGACUUUCUGUUGUAUCCAGUGCAGCUCCAACAAAACGCCCUUUGAAUAAAUAUUGGUGUGCAGGAGAAGAGUUGUGGCAUGUUUGCUGCACUUUAACCAGAGUUACGAAGCGCUUUGUUCCACUCGCGCUGCGUUUGUUUCCUUUUUGUGACAAUGCAGCUGACCAACCUGACACCAGUCGCUGUGCUGUUUUUAAAAUCCAUCUUUCAUCUUUCCCCGAACUACAUCAUAUUUUCCAGAUCUCUUCAACAGAGGUGGGGAGUAUGUGAACAACACGAAUACUGGAGUUUCCCUUUAAGUAUUUUCAGCACACAAAUGUCUACUAAAUGAUACAAUAUGUGUAUUGACUUACAUUCAUUCCCUGGAGACUUACCCUAACCUUCACCUAACCUUAAACCAAGUCUUCACCCUGAAAUGUAAUGAUUUACGUUAUGGGAACUUGCAUUUUGUCCAUAUAAAGAAGGCGAGUCCCCACAAUGUGACUGUGUAAAGAGAUUUAUGUCCCCACAACAUUAGUAAUACCCGCCCCCCACACACACACACACACACUCUUCCUCUUUUAUUAAAGUGUUGCUCAGACUUUGCUUUCGAUAACAAAUAUUUUCCUUUUUUACAGUGACAGUAGUAAAAAACUGGAGAUAAGUGCAGCCACAGCUUCUAGUGUUGGUCAGUAAAAAGUCCUGUCAGGCCACAGUCUCAUGUAAUAUUCCAACAGGAUGUUAUCUCUGAUGCGCAAUAGUUUAUUGUAAUACAUCUUUACUCUAAUGACCGUAAUAUUCUCACAAAAUAUCAGUUUAAUAUUCCUUUGUAUGUAGUUUUGUCUUCUAAAAUGUAUUUUAAUAUGUAAUGGAGCUGUCAAUGUUUUUAAAGCUGUUGCACAAAUAAAAAUGUAUAUUUUC